AUGGAGGCCUUGAUCAACUGGGAAACGGCAAUGACACAUCUUCUAAAUGAACACUUCACCAGUUUGACUGCGACACUGCGUGAGUGUUGUAAAACUACCGCAGUAAGAGAUGACAUGCUUCCACAAAAAACGGAUUGGUGUACCACUAUUGCUAUAGAGAAUGUUGAUGCUCUCACAGACCGGGACAAGUGUGUAGAACCUUCUAAUUCCUGGGACCUGUGCUGUCGGGUGGUUUCCCCCCAGCGAGCGGAUGCUUCCAUUUGUCUCGAUAGAGAUAUGAUGAGCCACACUCUACUGGAUCGUAUAGAGGAAAAGCACCCUCAUGCAACACCGACACCACAAGCACAGCCUGGUAGGAGUACCAAUGAAGCGCCCACUUGUUCAAGAUCUUCUUCAGCUGUUUCCAGACCAUCUACCUGUGGAGCUCAUGGUCAAUUUAUACGGUCCACAUCUACUGUCACACACAGUUCUUCAUCUGCGGACACACUCCUUGAUGUAAGGACCAGCACUCCAGAAACAGGUGUUGGAAGAGCAACUGCUGAUUUGGGACGUCUGUUCCAGAGUUUGACUGGAUAUUCAUCUCCAUUAUUUGAUGAAGAAGAAAACUCAUCAAGGGAGAUCACUAUCAAUCUCAUGCCAAUAAGAGCGGAAAAUCCGAUUUCAGAUGAAAAUACAGGAGGUCAUGAUGGAAGUGAGACUCCAGAUAUUCUAGAUGAAUUUGGAGAUGCAAAACCAAUUGAAAUACAUACCCCAUAAAACCUGGAGGAACCAGUGGAAACACAGGCACCACCACCACUAACACAAGAAACAGGUGCUCUAAAUAUGGAAAAUCCACCAGCCGAAGGACUAUUGACCGAUGUUGGAUUAACGGAAAUGUUGACCCUUGCCAGGCAAUAUAGAGAGCACCACAGGGACAUGCAGAAUAUUAUUAACACUAAUAUUGAACGUUGGGCAGUUAUUUCCGAAAAAAAUAUUGAAAUAGAACAAGAAAGAAAUUAAAUUGAAAGGCAAAAAUUACAUCUCCAAAGAGAAAUGUUUCAGUGUCAGAGGCAGAUAGAUGAAGAAAAAAACCAGUAAAUAAAUAGAGCAUUAUCCAUCACUGAAAGGACAUUACAAUCACUGUUGUCUAUUUUAAGUGAAAGGAGGGUACAACAGACCCCAAAAGACCAUGGCUACAAUGAAAAUGUAAUUUCUUAUUUAUACCACCAUAAUCCAGAAAGUUGUAUUUUCUGUUA